CUCUCUGAAAUCUCUUUCUCUAAAAAAGAAGCAGUCAACCCACUCGACUCCGCAUUCAUUCGGAAAGUCAUCGACUUUCUUACUUCAUUCGCAUGCGAUUCAUGGACAAGAUGCCCUUGAUCACUAAUUACUGCUCAUCAUGAUCUUCAUGUUUCACCUGAAUCAACGAUGAUGUCGACAACUGAUACCUCUUACAACUGUGGGUCUUGUGGGUACUCGUUGAACUUGGUCUCUAAUUCCAACCAAAUUACUUCUGGCAUUGGCUCAAACUCUAAGCAUAAAAAAUCGAUUAAGAAAGGUUAUACUCCCUUUGCCUCCAUUGAUCUGAGUCGGUUUACACAGGUUGACAAGAUAAACUGUCUUCCUAUUUCUUGUGGUGUCUAUGGAUCCAAAACAAAACUUCUUUGUCGUAAAUGUGGUGCUGACAUAGGUUAUGGAUACGGAGGAGUUCCUUUAUGCGGAUUCGAGCCCCCUAAUUCAACUGCACCCUCUUGUAAGAAGUUCAUGGUAAAGAUUGACGCUUUGAAGCCUUCUGAUCAAGAGUCUGGACAAGAUUGAGAAUUGUGCAAUGGGAACAAGCUCAUUUGAUUUGAUUCGACAGGAGGGAAGGGUUUUCUAAAGUUGCUAUUCAUUGCUUGAUUCAUGUUAAAGACUUCAGUCCUGAAGAUUUACUUAUGUCUAGCUAACUGCAUUGUUGUUCAGAACCUUCUUCAACCAGUCCUGAAAAUUACUUGAGAUUGCUGACUGACAGACAGACAGACAUACAAUAGUAGUUAAUCAAUUAUAUUUGUCUAGCUAUUUGAAAACUGUUUGUUAUUAUUGUAACUGAAUUUACUUAUGCUAGACAUUGAAUAUGUCAUUUGAACAGUAAGAUUUGAGGAGAUACUUUAAUAUUUUA